GCGAGGAGGCAGGAUCAUGUCGGGACGAGAUGGUGGCAAGAAGAAACCUUUGAAACAGCCCAAGAAACAAGCGAAGGAAAUGGAUGAGAAAGACAAAGCAUUCAAGCAAAAACAGGAGGAAGAGCAGAAGAAACUUGGUGAGUAGAAGGCAAAAGCAGCUAGCAAGGGCCCACUUACUGGAGGUGGGAUUAAGAAAUCUGGUAAAAAGUAGCAGAUUUGAUGAGACUACGUGGCAAGAAAAGCAUUCACUCUCACUGGAUGCUUGGC